AACGUAAACAAAGUGUGUGUUGAGGAAUGGCUUCAGGAGGAAAUCGCCGCCGGCACCACAAAGGGGGUGGAAAAUUCACGCCCACUCAAGUCUCCGUGGACGAAAACAAUCCCAUUCUUCUCGCCUUCCAAGGAUUCGCGCGCGAACUCGAUGACAAGCACGAUCGGCACGAGAGAAUCGUGAAGAUCAGCCGUGACAUCACGAUUGAGAGCAAGCGGAUCAUCUUUCUGCUGCAUACCAUCGAUCAGCGGAAGGACAAUACCAAGCAGGUGCUGGAGGAGGCGCAGCGCAGACUGGAGGAGCUCUGCACCACGCGCUUCCGAGAGAUUGCCAAGGAGCUGAGCGGCAGGGAUCAGUACCAGUAUUCCAGAGCCUUCUCGCCAGGGCUUCAAGAAUUCGUGGAAGCGCUGACAUUCUUCGAGUACAUUUCCGGGAAGGACUUGUCCGACUGGUCGACGCUGCAGGAGCGGCUGCGACACGAUGGCGAGGAGUGCCUCGUGCAGCCCAUCGAGUUCAUGCUGGGCUUGGCGGACAUGAGUGGCGAAGUGAUGCGGCGCUGCGUGAACUCGCUGGGCUCCGGCGACACGGACACCUGCUUCGCCUCCUGUCGCAUCUUGCAGAGCCUUCACGCGGGCUACCUCGGCCUGGGGCCCGCGCACAGCCGCGAGCUGACCCGGAAGAUGUUCACGCUGCGCCAGAGCGUGAUGAAGUCCGAGGCUGUGUGCUACAAUCUGCGCGUCCGCGGCAAGGAGGCGGCCAAGUGGGGCGCCGAGGAGAACUUCCUGGACAAGAGAGGCGACGGCAGCACUGAUGACAUCGAUGAGGGCUUCUUCUAGAGGCUUCUGAUGGAAAUAAAACACCCAGCAAAGCCAACAAAGAGUGUUAUUCGAAACACGGUUUUCUGAGCCAAUAAAGGAUGAGUCAUAAACCACGCAAAA